AUGGCAACUCAUAACAACAACAUUCCUACGCAUCUACCAAUCUUUGAAGACAAGAACUUUGAUCAAUGGAUCGUGAAGAUGAAGGUGAUCUUCAGGUUCCAGGAUGUACUUGAAGUUGUGAAUGAAGGGAUACCAGCACUGGCAGCGAAUGCAACUGAUGUACAACAAGCAGCACAUAAAGAAUUGCAAAAGAAAGAUGGAAAAGCUUUGUUCUUGAUGCAUCAGAGUUUGAAGAAGGUGAGACUUCAAGCUUUGAGAAGACAGUAUGAAGUGUUGACAAUGGAAGAAGAAGAAUUUGUUAGUCAAUACUUUGAUAAGGUGAUCAAUCUUACAAAUCAGAUGACAAGGAAUGGUGAAACUGUCACUGAUGUGAUGAAGGUGGAAAAGGUUCUCAGAACCUUAACAUCAAGAUUUGAUCACAUUGUAGUGGCCCUAGAGGAAUCUAAAGACUUAGAUUCUAUGAAGAUAGAGGAACUGCAGGCAAGUCUUGAAGCACAUGAGUUAAGGUUGAUUGAUAGGAAUAGAGAAAGAGGAAAAAGUGUAUCAUCUGAUCAAGCUUUGCAAGCUCAGUAUGAGAAGAGAGAAAAAUUCAAGAAAGGGAAGAAAUCCUGGAACAAUCAAUCUCAUAAGGAUGGUGAAGGUUCUAGCAAGAAUCAAGAAAAGAAUGAUGCAAAGUUUGAUCAAAAGAAGAAAGAUAAGAAAGACAUUCAAUCCUAUAAUUGUCAGAAAAUCUUCAAUAUCUUGAUAUGUUAG